AAUUAAUCAAAUCAUAAUAUUUCAAAGUAACAAUGGCUAAUUCUGGCAUACUAUUCACCGAAAGUAGACUAACCGAUUCUUUGAAGCAGAACCGCUCCUACACUAAGAAAUGCUUUCUCAGGUUGAUGGCGAAAGGGAAACGAGUGAUGAAAGGUCAGCAAUUUAGAGAGGAUAUAGAGAAGUCAACAGGUGAAAAACUUGAUCAAAGGUCGUCCAAACUGUUCUUGGAUGGUGAAGUUAUCAAUGCCUGUCAAGAAGCUAUAGUUCUUCCUCCAUAUGUUGCACUAGCAAUAAGAACCAGUCCUGGUUCAUGGGAAUAUAUCAAACUUAAUUCAGAAACCUUUGAAGCUCAAUCCAUUCCUUCAAGAGAUUAUUUGAAACUCAAGGAAUUAAUAUUUGAUGUUAAUUGGGCAAAGGAUGAAAAUGCACUUGAAUUAGAUUUUGGGGCCUUAGACUUCUCCACUCCAAAAAUGUUGCUGCCAACAUCCAUUGGUAAAGGCCUCGAUUUCACUUCCAGAUUCGUCGCGUCGAAGAUUGGUGGUGCGAAUUCGGACGAAUCCAGGCAAUUGCUGGACUACUUGUUGGCCCUUGCCCACCAAGGGGAGAAAUUGAUGAUAAAUGAUAUGCUCAACACUGUUCCAAAUCUACAAACAGCAUUGGCCUUGGCAGACAUCUUUCUUUCUUCAUUUCCUAAUGACACACCUUAUAACAGCUUUGGACCCAAGAUGAAGGAAUGGGGUUUUGAGAAAGGAUGGGGAAACAAUGCAGGAAGAACUAAAGAGACUAUGAAGAUGUUAGCCGAGAUACUAGAGGCGCCAGAUUCGGUUAAGCUAGAAUCAUUUUUUAGCCGCCUUCCAAACAUGUUUAACAUAGUCAUCUUCUCCGUUCACGGUUACUUUGGUCAGGCAGAUGUUCUCGGUUUGCCCGACACUGGAGGCCAAGUUGUUUAUAUUUUGGACCAAGUUAAAGCAUUUGAGGAUGAGAUGGUCCAACGAAUAAGUGAUCAAGGCUUAAACGUUAAGCCUCGGAUUCUUGUGGUUACUCGACUUAUACCCGAAGCUGCCAAAGGAACCAAAUGUGGUGUAGAACUUGAGCCAAUCUUAAAUACAAAACAUUCACAUAUCCUUAGAGUUCCUUUUAGGACACUAGAAAAGGGAGUUUUAGGCCAAUGGAUUUCGCGGUUUGAUAUUUACCCUUACUUGGAACUAUUUUCUCAAGAUGCAACCACCAAGAUUCUCGAGCAUAUGAAAACUAAACCGGAUGUUAUUCUUGGGAACUAUACCGAUGGAAAUUUGGUGGCGUCUCUCGUGGCUAACAAGCUUGGCGUAACAUUGGGAACGAUCGCUCACGCUUUGGAGAAAACUAAGUAUGAGGAUUCGGAUAUCAAGUGGAAGGAGUUGGAUCCAAAGUAUCAUUUCUCUUGUCAAUUCACAGCCGACGUUAUAGCGAUGAAUGCAGCCGAUUUCAUCAUAACAAGCACUUAUCAAGAAAUUGCUGGAAGCAAGAAGAGACCUGGGCAAUAUGAAAGCCAUGCAGCAUUCACCAUGCCAGGCCUUUUCAGAGCUGUUUCGGGCAUCAACGUUUUCGACCCGAAGUUUAAUAUCGCUCCCCCUGGAGCCGAUCAAUCCGUGUACUUUCCAUUUUCCGAAAAAAGCAAAAGACUCGUCUCCUUCCAUCCCACCAUUGAAGAACUUCUCUACAAUAAAGAAGAUAAUAAUCAACACAUAGGUUACCUAGACGAUAGGAAGAAGCCGAUAAUCUUUUCAAUGGCGAGACUCGACACAGUAAAGAACAUUACAGGAUUAACCGAAUGGUACGCGAAGAACAAGAGGUUGAGGAGCCUGGCGAACCUAGUGAUCGUGGCGGGUUUUUUCGACCCGUCGAAUUCAAAAGACAGAGAAGAAAUCUCCGAGAUCAAGAAGAUGCAUGUUCUUAUCAACAAGUAUCAAUUAAACGGUCAGUUCAGGUGGAUCGCCGCCCAAACAGACAGGUAUCGAAACGGAGAACUCUACCGCUGCAUCGCAGACACAAACGGCGUUUUCGUUCAGCCUGCAUUGUACGAGGCUUUCGGCCUGACCGUCAUUGAGGCCAUGAACUGCGGGUUACCCACUUUCGCAACGAAUCAGGGCGGGCCUGCGGAGAUUAUUGUUGAUGGUGUCUCGGGUUUUCACAUUGAUCCGAAUAACGGCGAUGAAUCGAGUAACAAGAUUGCAGAUUUCUUCGAGAAAUGUAAGGAGGAUCCAUUGCAUUGGGAUAGGACGAGCCAAGCUGGUUUAAACCGCAUAAAUGAAUGCUAUACAUGGAAGAUAUAUGCAAAGAAGGUGUUGAAUAUGGGUUCAGUUUAUGGGUUCUGGAGACAGAUGAAUAAAGAUCAGAAACAGGCUAAGCUAAGAUACAUUCAAAUGAUAUACAAUCUUCAGUUCAGAGAUCUGGCGAAGGGUGUUUCUAAUACAGAACAAAAAAUAGGUAAUAAAGAAGGUGGUGAAGAGAAGAAGGCGGCGGAAUCUAGAGAAGCAAUUGGUCCGGCAGCCAUGGUGGAUACAGAGGAGAAGCAGGUGGAGAGGAAGCUGAUCGAUGGUGGGAUUUGCUCGAGAUUUUCUUGGGGAUGGCUAUGUCUCUCUGUUGCUGUCGUGGUUUAUGCCUCUGCUAAGUAUUACUACAAUUACACUGAAAAUGGCGACCUCUGAAAGAUUUCAUUUCAUUUGCAAAGUUUCUUUAUUCAAUAAAUGAAAACUCACAGAAUUGAAUAAUAAAUAAAUAAAUAAACAUUGAAC